AUGGGAAUUCUACACCAUUUGUAUUAUAAGGUCGAAACGCCAUCAUCGCCAUGUAUUAUCGACGAAGGCACCUCGAUAUAUGAAUCAUCACCAACAGAAGCGUUUUUGCCAUAUUCGAACUUCAUUCUGAACAAUCGAAUACCUUCAAAGAUGAACGAAAUGGUCAACAGAAUGGUGAAAAUAUACCAAGCGCAUAAGAAAAUUCAAACGGCAACACUUACAUUUUUAAUAACGGGUGUCGCUGGAUCAGGAAAACGAUUGACUUGUCAGACAUUCGCCGCAAAAACUCAUCGAACGUUUUUAGAAGUUGAUGCUUAUUCUUUUUAUAACGAAAAUCCAGCAACAUCGGAAGCAAAAAUCAAUUCUACCAUCGAAAAUGCCAAUCAAUAUCAACAAUGUGUUCUUUUCAUAAGAAACGCACACGUUAUAGCUUUUGAUGCCUCAAAUGGAUAUGAUCGUCGCAUCAUUCAGCAUUUUGAGGAAAAAUUGAACGAAAAUUCGAAAGUGACAGUCAUAUUUUCCAGCACAACGGAUCGUUUGAAUCAAAUGCCGAUGGAUGUGAAAUCAUUGGCAUUGUACACGUUUCGUACUGAGUAUUUAGAAGAGGAGGACCGUACGAACUGGCUCAAAUAUUAUGUUCCAAACGAUGAAUCGCUGGUAACUCAAGUCGCAAAGAAAACUUCAGGAUUCACAUUGGCCGAACUUAACAACUUAAUCCAGUACGUCGAAAUUCUAAGUUUAGACGAAACCUGCAAUAGUAAUAUGGAAGAACGGUUUAAUGAGGGCAUUCAAAAGCGAAAUUCAAGCUUUGCCGACGCGAUUGGAGCGCCGAAAAUACCAAAUGUCUCAUGGAAUGAUGUAGGCGGUCUUGAAGAGACAAAGCGAACCGUAAUUGAAAGCAUUCGAAGUAGUUUAUUUGGCUCGUCGGCUCUCAAACGAUCCGGAAUUAUUCUCUACGGUCAACCCGGUUGUGGAAAAACAUUAAUCGCGAAAGCGGUUGCCACCGAAUUCAAAAUCUCAUUUCUAAGCGUCAAAGGGCCAGAGUUGCUCAAUAAGUACGUUGGACAAAGCGAAGAAAAUUUGCGCAAAGUUUUUGAGCGAGCUAGACAAGCAUCGCCUUGCAUAAUAUUCUUUGACGAAAUUGAUAGUUUGGCACCAAAUCGCGGAAAAAAUGGGGACUCCGGCGGUGUGAUUGAUCGAAUCGUCUCUCAAUUGCUCGCCGAGCUUGAUAAACUGCACAAUUCGCCAAGAAAUAAAGUUUUUGUUAUGGGCGCCACAAAUCGUCCUGAUCUCCUUGACUCAUCCCUCCUUAUGCCAGGAAGAUUCGACAAACAGAUUGAAGUGUCACCAGGAAAUGAUGUUGAGUCGAAAACUAAAAUAUUGGAAGCAAUUGCCAGAAAAAUGAACAUGGAUGAAAAUGUGGAUUUGAAAUCUGUGGCUGCGGCGUGCAAUGAAUCAAUGUCGGGAGCGCAACUUUCAUCGAUUAUUUCCAACGCCGCUAUGCAGGCUAUAAUCGAGAAGAUUCGCUCAAUUGAACUUAACCAGGAAUCACCAGAACAGGAUGUUAAAGUGACGCAAAGUCAUCUGCUAGCUAGUGUGAAUAAUUUUAAAGCACGAAACACUUGA